AUGAGUAAAAGAUCAAUUACAUUAAUACAAGAUGGUAGAUUAUAUUUACAAUAUUGUUUGGAGAAUAAUAUUAAUACAGAGUCGACUGUUUUCAAAGGUACAUUAUAUGAAUUGUAUGUUAAACAAUACUUAGAAUCAAAGUUUCAUGCAAAAGACCUAAUAAAAUGUGGUGGAUCAUAUGAUAAUGGAGUUGAUAUUAUUGGAAAAUGGGAUUUAAACCCUUUUUAUAACAAGUCAUUGAAUUUUGCAGAAACAACUAAAAAAUUGCAUUCAAAAUCUUUGGUUAAUUCAUUACCAAAUAUUGAUAUACAAUUACUAAUACAAUGUAAAAAUUUCAAAAAAAAAUUGGGUGCAUCAACAAUUAGAGAAUUAUCUGGAGUUUUAGAUUAUUAUAAAUUUAAUAAAAAAUCUACUUUCAUGUUUAUUGUAAGUCCUCAACCUAUAACAAAUCAAGCUAUAUCUCAAUUAGAUAAAUCUUCAUUUGGUAUUAUAAAUUUACUGAUAUCUACACUAAAAAAUAACAUUGAUCAUUAUAAUUAUGAUUUAUGGAAAGGUGGUGAAUUAAAAUCAAUUUACUUAAACAAAAUGGCAAGAAAUCUACUAGAUGGUUUUCAUAUCGAAAAACAAUUCCAAUUAUCGUGA